CUCACUCAUACACUAACCGAACAAAAAUGGCUCUUAAAGCUGCUUUCGUUGCUGCUGCCCUCGCCGCCAGCGCUUCCGCCCAUGCCACGUUCCAGGACCUGUGGAUCAACGGUGUUGACUACUCUCAGGCUUGCGUGCGUCUGCCGCAGAACCACGACCCCGUUGUCGAUGUUACCUCCGCUAACAUUACGUGCAACGCUGCGCCCUCUGCCAGCGCGAACAAGUGUCCCGUCGUGCCUGGGGACAAGGUCACGGUCGAGAUGCACCAAUUGAACGGCUAUCGCAAUUGCACCACCGAAGCAAUCGACAUCUCGCACCUUGGCCCGAUCAACUUGUACAUGGCCAAAGUCGAUGACGCGUUAACCGCAUCUGGCCCCGACGCGGACUGGUUCAAGAUCUCCGAGGCCGGUUUGCCCUCUGACAACCCUGACUACUGGGCCACCAAUGUUCUCAUUGACAACUGCGGCCACUACACCUUCCCUGUUCCCCCUGUCGUGCCCGGCGACUACCUCCUCCGCGCUGAGGUCAUCGCGCUGCACGAAGCCAACGUAACCGAAGGCGCGCAGUUUUACAUGUCCUGCUACCAGCUGUCUGUCAGCGGCAACGGCACCGACGCCCCCGACACUGUCAAGAUCCCCGGUGCAUACAAGGCGACGGACCCCGGUCUCCUCAUCAACAUCUACCAGCAGCUAGACAACUACACCAUCCCUGGACCUGACCCGUACAACUCAGCGUCGCCCGUGAUCGCGUCGACCGCGUGGCCCACCACCGCGACUUGGAACACGGCUCUCCAGCCCACCACGGUCUUCACGACCCUCCCGCCUGCUACCGCUACUCCCAUCGGUAUCGUCUAAGUUGAUGGACCUUUUUUAAAGCACUACCGGGGUUUUCACGACUGGCGAAAUAUGUGCUUUAGGCUUUUCUAAGGAUUAGAAUGAUGUACAUGGAUACACGGAUGUCAAGGGAAUUUCAUCAUUAUAACUAUC